GCGGUGUUACGUAGCGUGAGGCGUGUGUGUGACAUUUACUGCAAGGAGCUAGUUAAAGAACAGCCAUCUGGACGAAGAUGCUGAUGUGCGGAAGGAAAUAGAUCAUACUUUGUCUUGCAGUCGCCGAGCUGACAUUUUGUCCAGACUUAGUUUUUGUGCUCGUGCUGUGGGAGAGAGUUCAUGUCCAAUGUGUUUUUAGGUAAAACUUCCUGUCUUGCUAAACACGUUUUGUAGUAAAGUGUCUCUUACUAACUUGUGUCGCUGUGUUGUAACGUUAGAAGUUCGGGGGGAGGUUUAGUUCGUUCCGAGAUGCUCAUAGUAACAGCAUAAGUCCAGUUAUUUCGCUUUUUGUGUUGCUUUUCGUUAGCUCUGAACUGCACUUGGCUAGCUUCUUUUUGCACACAAGGUUAAAUUUAGCUUUAGCCCGAUAGCUCCUGACUCCUCUCUUCCUGCUGCAGCUUCCUCACUUUCUUAUGCUGACUUGUCAGAACAGGUGUGCUGAACGUGGGCCGGGUGUGAUGUGGGAUAGAUAGGACGUACUGUCUGUUACUUGGUCACAGUGUUCGUGGAGUUAGUCCAGCGCUCUGCUUCAGGGGUUUUAGUUAUUGAGUGGGGUCAGAGGUGCGAUCAUGCUGCUCUCCUUGGUUGUACAUACAUACUCGCUGCGGUACUGGUUUCCAGCCACGAUCAUGCUGGGCACAGCGCCAGCGUAUCUUCUGUCAUGGGGGGCUUGGCGCCUGCUUUCAACAGUUUUGCCUGCAAAACUGUAUCACAAGUUGGAUGACCGACUGUACAACAUCUACCAGAGUAUGGUCCUCUUCUUCUUUGAGAACUACACAGGAGUUGAGAUCAUUAUUUAUGGAGAUAUACCAAAGAACAAAGAGAAUGUUGUCUACCUGUCUAAUCAUCAGUGCACAGUCGACUGGAUCAUUGCUGACAUGUUGGCCACCAGACAGAGUGCACUCGGUCACGUCAGGUACGUCCUUAAGGAUGGACUUAAGUGGCUGCCGCUUUACGGAUGGUAUUUCUCUCAGCAUGGAGGAAUCUACGUGAAGCGAAGUGCAAAGUUUAAUGAAAGGGCAAUGAGGAAGAAGCUCACCAGUCAAACUGUCUGUGGAGCACCAAUGUACCUCGUCAUCUUCCCUGAAGGAACUCGUUAUAAUCCGGAGCUCAAGAAUGUUAUUGAUUCCAGCCAGGCUUUUGCUGCAAAAGAAGGACUGGCUGUUCUCAAGCACACACUCACACCCAGGAUGAAAGCAACUCACAUAGCCAUCGAAUCCAUGCAAGGCCACCUGGAUGCUGUGUAUGACAUCACAGUGGCCUAUGAGGGAACGUUAGACGCCUCAGGCCAAAGAAGACCGGCGCCAUCAAUGCCAGAAUUCCUGUGCAAAGAAUGUCCCCGUGUCCACAUACACUUCAGCCGUGUGGAUAUAAAGGAAAUUCCUACCGAGUCUGUGUUUUUCCGCAGGUGGUUGCAUGAGCGGUUUGAAAUCAAGGACCGGCUGCUGACCGAGUUCUACGAGUCAGAGGUUGCAGACAAAAAACACAGGUUCCCUGGGGAAGGCAAAGUCUCUCCGCUGAGCCUCUCGAAAACCCUCCCGUCCGUGAUUGUCCUGGGGGGGCUGAUGCUGCCUUUGCUGAUGACGGAGAAUGGCAGGAAACUGUACGUGAGGACCUGGGUGUGUGGCACGCUGCUGGGCUGGCUGUGGGUAAAUGUUUCCCCUUAACGCGCAAGGCAGUGGCUGCCACGACGAGACGCACAAAAGACAUGGGGAGACGGGGCCAUCCUGUAUCGCAACAACACAACGGGUGUUCCAGAUGCAGAGCAGUGUCUGAUAAGAGGCUCACAGGUUUAUCCCACGUGUCUGAUUCACUGUUGACCUUGACCUGAAAGCUGAAUAGGAAUACAGUGACAUUUUAUCCUGUUUGUGUUGUUUUCGCAUUAUUUGGAUCUGCAGCCUGACACGAUGAGAAAACAUGAAUGGAUUUGCUAAAGUAUGGGGUUUCCAAAAAAAAGACCAUUCAUCUCUAUUAUUAAAUAAAAUACAUGCAUACUUAUCUAAAUUAAUUUCCCGUUUCAUCAGAUUUAGCCAGAUUAGCUUCUUGCACGUUCACCUUGGCAUCACAGACUGGUCAGUCCUAAAACUCCUCAAAACAUUUAAAUAGAGUAAAGAUCAUUAUGUAUUAAGUGCACUGACUAAUUUAUAUCGGUUGUAUUGUCCUAAUGCCAAGUCUCUCGUCAGGAUUAUUAUGCACUUUGCUAAUUUAAAGCAAUGUUUUUACACUGGGGACAAAGUAAAUAGGAUGAAGCCCUCUAUUGGAGCUCAUGGACAUGACACCAGCUGCAUUGUUCAUAAAAACUCAGAUGAUUUGUUUUAUAUCGAUGACAUAUUUUUCUUUAUGCAUAAUUUAAAGGGUGACCUUUAAAUUUCUAACAACUUUAAUAUUUUUUUAGACAAACUGCAUUGUAUGUUUUUGAGCAGAGCCUUUGUCUCUGUACUCAGUGAGCUCCUAUGGAGGAAUGUAUUAAAAUCUAAACCAGUGUAAAAUGUUGAUAAGGGGUUAAACCCUGGAGAUGAUGGUCGUUGCCAAAGCCAGCUCUGUUGUCCAUGGUCUUUUUGUUCCAGCCCUGGAGACCGCAAAAGAAAAUAAGUGUUUGUUUUGUAUGUUUGGCUGUUUUUGCCUAAAAACAUUAUUAUUUUUAUAUAUAGUUUAAUUACUGUUCCAUUUACUUUUGAAUGCAUUUGUUCAUUGACGAAGUUACUCAGAUAAAAGUAUCUACCUUGCAAAAAGCUGACAAAGCCAUGUUAACAGUGUAUUACAGGUUACUCAAAGCCAUUUGUAUUAUUAACAUCAUUGUAUUGUGAAAUGCACUGUAUGUCCAUCGUUUACUGUAAUGAAACAUUGCAUUUUUUCACUUUACAUACUUGGCCUCUCAUCGUCAUGUCCUCAUGCGGAACGUACAGUUAUUCACAUUCUUCUUAAAUCAGCCUUGUCGGUCAUUUUAUAGGCAUUUUUACAGGAUCACACAAACUCAUCAGGAAACAAACUAGUCCGUAUUUAAAUGCGAACUGGAAUUGGAAAUCUGUGCCUUCUCUUUGGAGGAGUUGGUCCCCGGCGCUGUCACGGGGGCCAGGGUGGCUCUCUUUCACCAGGUGGCUGCAGCAGGCAGUCACUGUCUACAGUUCAUAGUGGCUUAUUUUGCUCUACGAAUGCAUUGAUUUACACUUUUUGAAGAUUAUUAUUAACUGAUGAAACCUUUAAUGUGUGCAAGUUAUGACAACUUGGGGUGUGAGAAUGAAAUAAAAUGGGUUUUCUUUA